AUGACCAUGGCAGGUGCCUUCUUCUUCCUCCUCCCCCUCGCCUUCUUCUCCGCGCUCAUCCACCACCGCAUUCCUCCCGUAUCCGCGUGCCCCAACGUCCCUUCCAUGACGGUGGAGGCCGCGUGCGAGAAGGCGACCGGCACGCUGCUCAUGUACGAGCUCUGCAAGGACGCGCUGCGGGACGUCACCUACCCGUCCAACGGCGUGGACCUGUACGCGCUCGUGGGCGCCAAGCGCGCGCUCGCGUCCUACGACGACACGGCGCGCGCCGCGGGCACGCUGCGCGGCAACGCCUCCCUGCCCGGCGACGAGAGGGACGCCUACGCGUCCUGCGAGGAGUCCUACCGCGCGGCCACGGACACCAUGGACCGCGUCGCCGCCGCGCUGGUCGGGUGCCGGUUCCUGGACGACGGGGACGACCUCGGGCAGGUGUACAGGGACGGCGUCGCGCAGGUGGAGGGGUGCAGGGACCGCGUCAUGAAGCUGCCGGCGUCGCCGCUCUACGCCCGCAGCCUGGUCGACCGGAACUUGGCCGUGCUCGCGUACUUCCUCGGAAAAUUGCUGGGCGUUCAGUAA